GGCUCGUGUUUGGUCAGCAGGAGUAACCCAAGUUCUCAGCCGUGUUUCUUUCUCCAGUUCUUUUACCAAAGCUGCAUUGAGGUGAGGCACAAGUGGAGCUGCAGGGGGCCUGCUGGGGGAAAAUAGAUGGCACAAAUCCCCAUGCCAGGAAGGAGCCCAGCUCUCAUGCUGCGCCCGCUGUUGGGGCACAACUGUGCCGCGCAGGUUGGACUCUUCCCUCAGAUCGGCUCUGCAUUCUGUGUGACAUCUUGCUGUGUCAAGUCUGAUUACUCUAAUCUCCAACAGGCUUUCACAAUGAGAAACUCUGCUUAGAAGCUGGGCAUCAGCAGCAUGAAAGCUGCCUUUGUGCCGAUUCUUUGGCAGUGUACAAGCUGGCUGUUAGGUGUAUAAGGGUGAAAAAAAAUGAAUUCUUUACAUGCCUUCCAAAAGAAAACUUUUUUGCUUAUCAUCACGACUUUGAAGAUCUGGUGGUUGCUUUUCUGCCCCUCUUACUCAGCAACUAAAUGGGAGUGCAUGGAGCUGCGUGUUGGUGCCCUUUCCUGCAAUGGAAGCAAGAUGUGUCUGUUCACAUACAGUGGCAUGAAAAGCAUGGCAGAAUAAUAAGGACCUGUUGAGAGUGCAACCUCUUUUUCUCUGCCAUACAAACAUAUACUACAAAACCAAGGACUUUAAAACUGCUGCAAGGGGACAACUCUGAACUCCUAAAAUCAUGGGAGCAACUCACGGGAAGAAGAAAGAAUACUCUCUUCAAUCUGCCUGUCACAAGGAAAAUGGGGAACUUGCUCUCAAUGGCUCAGCAUCUAUGUACUCUGAAAUACAGAGAGAGCGGCCUGAUAUUGGGAAUAUCAUGGCUCAUCCAGACUACUUUGAUGGAAACCCCGAUCUGAUCAAACCUAAAAAGCUGCUCAAUCCUGUGAGAGCCUCUAAAAGCCACCAAGAACUUCACAGGGAGCUCCUUAUGAAUCACAAAAGAGGAUUGGGAGUGGAGAGCAAACCAGAACUUCAACGGGUGCUAGAGCAUCGACGACGAAACCAACUGAUACGACAGAAGAAAGAAGAAGAAGAAGCCAAAAAAUUAAAGUCACCGUUUGAACAAGAGCUCUUGAAGAGGCAACAACGGCUGGAGCAACUGGAAAGGGAACAAGAGAAGGAAGAAGAAAAUGCACCAGAGUUUAUUAAAGUGAAAGAAAACCUGCGGAGGACCUCAGUGGUAACCGGGGCAGAGAAGGUUGCCUAAUGGGCAUGAGCUGAGACCAAAGUGUACGAGAACCUUCUGCUUCUUCAAAUACCUUCAUGCCGACGUCUUUGUAAACAGUGGACAUUCGCAGUCUGUGUCUUUUGGGGCGACUUCCCGUUUAUUAAUGCUUGCUCCAAUUGAAAUCCCAAGAAGGGCAUUUUCAUGCAGCCAAGAGUGACACCCAAACAAAAGUGGGGUGUUCUACCAGAGGAGAAAACAGUGAGGGAAGACCGAAUGAGCAAGACCUAGCCUUCUCUGCAAGGAGCGGCACCGCGUUAAUGCCCCUUCUUCGUCGCUUAUGAUUAACCCUCAGCCUAACCCUUUAAGACUAUGUUCAGAUGUAAACAUUUGGGGAGUGGGGAAAAUGCUAUGCAAAGAACGGGUUGUUAUUGUUUCAAACUACACUGCCAGUAUCAAAAUCUCUGGUACACAAAGCUAACUGUUAGGAGGAGUUUGUUAGAAAACCAGUGAGGAUGGCAAAAAAGGGAAAUAUCCAUCAGCAGGGAAAAUUUUAGCUUGUUUUAAAGCAUAUCUGUCUGGAUUUGCAUAACCUGUGCUGUAUCUACCACAACAUUAUCCAUUGAAUGCAAUUGUUUCAAUCGACCAUUGCAAUACAUAUACACAGAUACUUUUUUUGAGAUUAGGGAUGGUCAUAGCAUGUAAGGUUUCCUUUGCAAUGCAAAUAAUUCCCAAAAUAGCAGGCUAGGCAAGUUACUAUGGAAAGAGCGCACUGGGCUAUUCUGUAUAGUUGGGCAGACCCUUCCCAAAUUUGUAGAGAAACGUUUAAUGCUUGGACUCUGAAACGAGGAGCAAGGAAAAUGUGUCAGGAGAAACCUCUGGGAGCUACUCAAAAAGGUAAUAGAAAUCACACUUACAGAAUAUGUAUAUUGAUCCAGAACUUUUUGAUAGCGAAACCAGGAUUGUUAUAAGAAAACGAGUGAAAUUGGGAAAUUAGGAGACAGAGGAAACAGCAGUGCAUGUGUGGAGGCCAAAACAACAACAACAACCCAAGAACAAAGGUUGGUUUGACACUGAUGCCCAUUGAGGCUUUGCUUUUACGCACAAUUAGUGGGAAAUGGAAUUGAAAGAGAAGUUCCACAGUGUAUUAAUACAUCAUCGCCUAGUGUUCAGCUAUGCAGCUAUACCUUUCUCCCAGCCAAGAUCCAAAUAUAAUGUUUACUCACAACUAAAUCCCUUCCACUAAGGGUGCUGGCAGCUUCAAUUGAACGUUUAUUGCUUUGCAGCUUCAGCCUACAGUUAUGACUUUCUGUUUGUUCUGUCCAAGGGACUAGUAAUAAACUGAUCUGUUUAUUAGA